AUGGAUUCAAUCGAAAUUCAAUGGCAAAAACAAACCUCUGGUGACGUUUAUACUUCAACUAAUACACAAUACUUGCAACAACCAUCAAUUCUCAAACUAGGUAAUGAAGGAACAAAACCUAAGAAAAAAAAAGUUCAGUUCAAAUUUCGUACAUCCACCCCUAAAACUCAAGCAUUUGAAAAUACACAAUAUAAUCAUUCAAAAACAGAUCGAUCACAAAGAUCAAUUUUCGAAGAUCAUGAUUAUACUUCAUCAUCAACAAAUAUCCUCAGUGACGAAUUGCUAGGAAUCCAUGGUAAACAAGCUUGCAGUACUCGAUCAAAGAUUCUUACUAUCAUCAUUGUACUUUUUAUCAUUUUAACUGUAGCUAUUGUCGUCGGUGUAGUAGUUGGCAUUACGAACUCUAAACAAAGUAUAUCGGAAACAACAACAACAAUAAACAAUCAAACGUCAUUAUCAACAACAAUCUUAGUCAGUAGUAUUAGUAUAGGAAGUCAAAGUGGAUCACCUUGUUCAUCGUAUACAACAAUUAAUGAUCCAUCGCGAAAUGUCGCUCAAACUUCUUUAUAUAGUUUUUGUGAUAAUGGAGUCCCAUUCAAUACGAGUAAUGGUGGUUCUUGGAUACGAUUUAUUGGUACUGGGGGUACUACAAUUCCUGUAACAUCACCCACUAAAAACCAUUGCGGUGCUUAUAUAGGAGGCUGGUUCAAUGGAACAUUACCAACAACAGUGGGUACUGUAUUUGACGGAACUGUUUGCUUCACAAUCAAUGUAUUUUCUUGUGUUUAUGCCACCUCUAUAUCUGUAAUUAACUGCGGUGGCUUCUAUGUUUACUUUCUACCACCUACGCCUGUUUGCCAUGCACGCUAUUGUACAACAUGA